AUGAGUUCUGCAUACAAAAUCAGCAUGAAAUCAAGCACUGUCAUGUCAGUUCUUCCAGACCUUCACCAGCAUUAUUUGCAGGCUUGUCAAAACCUGAGCCAACCUGAAAACCCUUUCAUUGCUCACGUGCUUCGAGAAGCUGAUAAAAGUGAUAACAUGAAAUGGACAAAAGAGAUCACAUUAAAAAUAGCUGGAAAUAAUCAUUUAGUGCCUGUGCAGAGAGUUACAGAUGAAGAUCUUCAAGUUCUUGCCUUUGUCUUACGCAGUUCUGUAUUUGUCACAGGUUUGGAUCUUAGGUAUAAUGUAUUGACUGAUGUUGGAGCAAAGCACAUGGCAACAUUCCUUCAGGAAAACUCGACUCUGCGGUACCUUAACCUGAUGUUUAAUGAUAUUGGCACAAGCGGAGCAGAGCUGAUAGCAAAAGCCCUCCAUAGGAAUGAAACCCUUGUGUAUUUGAGAAUGACUGGAAACAAAAUAGGAAACCAAGGUGGAAUGUACUUUGCUUCGAUGCUACAAAUUAAUUCCACCUUAGAGAAGUUAGAUCUUGGAGACUGUGAUCUGGGCACGCAGUGUCUGAUAGCAAUAGCAACAGCCCUGACUCAGAACAAAUCAGUCAAAGCAAUAAACCUAAAUCGUCCUUUACUAUACAGCCAAGAGGAAGAGACCACAGUCCAUGUAGCUUCGAUGUUGAAAAAUAACUCUUCUCUUGUGGAACUACAUUUGUGCAAGCACGAAAUUAAAAGCUUUGGUGUAGAGCGACUGUGCGAGGCGUUGUAUGAAAACUGCAGUCUGAGAUACCUUGAUCUUAGCUGUAAUAGGAUAACUCGUGAUGAUGUGAAAUUUUUGGGAGAACUACUAAAACGGAACCAAACCCUGGAAAUACUAGAUCUUAACUCAAACCGAAUAGAAGAUGAUGGAGCCGUCUACUUGAGUGAAGCUUUGGCUUUGUACAACAGGACUCUUCAGGCGUUAUCAAUAGUAAGCAACAAUGUAAGUGGCAAAGGCCUCGUAGCUCUUUCACAAGCAAUGAAAGCAAACGUGGAACUUUCCUCUAUUUAUAUCUGGGGGAACAAAUUUGAUGAUGCCACCUGUAUGGCAUUUUCAGAAUUAAUUCAGACUGGCCGUUUGAAACCUGCUUGCACAGACGUGGAACCGUAUGAAGUGGAUGGGCGCGUUUACCUUGCAGAGCUCUCCCACGGCCUUAAGAAGCAUUACUACUGGACACCCAGUUGUGGGGAGGUAACGAACAAAGCUGCUAACGCCAGCCUGGCAGUUGGAGCUGUUUCAGAAUAUUUGUAA